AUGUGGCUUGCGCUCUAUACACCACCAAGCACCAAACCUUCAGCUCCAACUUCCAUAACAGCACCAAAUAUUAUACCACGAAAACUUAAAAUACUAUCAGCAUCAAGCGGAGGGCGGGUUGCGGUCUCCGCUGAAGCAGACCCCAUCCCUUUAUGCCUGGAGUAUGCCACUCCCGAAACAAUUCCUAAGCACGUUCAGCAACUAUUUGAACACUAUCAGGACACGAAACAGUCAAAUUCUGAAAUACUGUUUCUGCUUAUCUAUGCGCUGGCUGUGGAAUGUGGAUUCGUGGAGGAACAUGUCUAUAGGGAGAAGCGUCAUCUACUCAAGCCGGUGCCCGGAAUCUCGUGUUUUCAUGCCGGCAAUGUGCGCAUCGCCACCACAAUUCCGCCAGUCUAUACGCACCUGCACAGCGACACUGUCUUUUCCAUGCAGCUGCGCACCGUGACGGAAAGGCAAUCAGCAGAGGAUGCAGUCGUCGCAGUGCUUCAGUCACGUCUCAUGGUCGUGGAGAUGGGCGACAUGCUGAUGAUCACCCUAAGUCCAGCGCCACCGCGUAGUGAACGCGGUUAUAGUGUCUGUCUACCAAUUAGUCGCUACGUUCUCAACCUGCAGAUGAAGAACAAGCAACUUUUCAGCCGUUUUCGGAAAUUGGACAACCUAUCCUUUGAAUUGCGCGAGAAAAUCUUUUAUCCGAUGCGUGUACAGCAACUUACCGCAUUGGAUGUUCAAUUGCAACCGACACUGCUCGGUUUGCCGGAUGAAUUGUACCCGAAAAUAUUAAAAUACUUGGAUCGAAAACAAUUAAAUGUGGUGGCGAAAGUGAAUCGCCAGUUAAAUUCUUUCAGUAAGGAUGUUAAACCUAAAUAAUAAGACAAGACGAUAAGAAUCUGUUCAAUCAUCGAAUAAUACUUUAAGGUGUUUGUUUAAAUAAAAAGACUGCGAACUUUAAUUUGAAAUAUA